AUGGAGGCCAACUGGACCGCGUUCCUGUUCCAGGCCCAUGAAGCCUCCCAUCAUCAGCAGCAGGCAGCACAGAACAGUUUGCUGCCCCUUCUGAGCUCUGCUGUGGAGCCCCCUGAUCAGAAACCAUUGCUUCCAAUACCGAUAACUCAGAAACCUCAGGCUGCUCCAGAAACAUUAAAGGAUGCCAUUGGGAUUAAGAAAGAAAAGCCCAAAACUUCCUUUGUGUGCACUUACUGCAGUAAAGCUUUCAGGGACAGCUAUCACCUGAGGCGCCACGAGUCCUGCCACACAGGCAUCAAGCUGGUGUCCCGGCCAAAGAAAACCCCCACCACGGUGGUUCCCCUCAUCUCCACCAUCGCUGGGGACAGCAGCCGAACUUCGCUGGUCUCAACCAUUGCAGGCAUCUUGUCCACAGUCACUACAUCUUCCUCGGGCACCAACCCCAGCAGCAGUGCCAGCAGCACAGCUAUGCCCGUGACCCAGUCUGUCAAGAAACCCAGUAAGCCUGUCAAGAAGAACCACGCGUGUGAGAUGUGUGGGAAGGCCUUCCGAGAUGUGUACCACCUCAACCGGCACAAGCUCUCCCAUUCGGACGAAAAGCCCUUCGAGUGUCCUAUUUGCAAUCAGCGCUUCAAGAGGAAGGACCGCAUGACUUACCACGUGAGGUCUCACGAAGGAGGCAUCACCAAACCCUAUACUUGCAGUGUUUGUGGGAAAGGCUUCUCGAGGCCUGACCACUUAAGCUGUCACGUAAAACAUGUCCAUUCAACAGAAAGACCCUUCAAAUGCCAAUUUUCCUCCCUCAUGCAGACAUGCACUGCUGCCUUUGCCACCAAAGACAGACUGCGGACACACAUGGUGCGCCACGAAGGCAAGGUGUCUUGUAACAUCUGUGGGAAGCUCCUGAGCGCAGCGUACAUCACCAGCCACCUAAAGACGCAUGGGCAGAGCCAGAGCAUCAACUGCAACACGUGCAAGCAGGGCAUCAGCAAAACGUGCAUGAGUGAAGAGACCAGCAGCCAGAAGCAGCAGCAGCAGCAGCAGCAGCAGCAGCAGCAGCACGUGACAAGCUGGCCAGGGAAGCAGGUAGAGACAUUGAGACUGUGGGAAGAAGCUGUCAAAGCAAGAAAGAAAGAAGCUGCUAACCUGUGCCAAACCUCCACGGCUGCUACGACACCUGUGACUCUCACUACUCCGUUCAAUAUAACGUCCUCUGUGUCAUCUGGGACUAUGUCAAACCCAGUCACAGUGGCAGCUGCAAUGAGCAUGAGAAGUCCAGUAAAUGUUUCAAGUGCAGUUAACAUAACCAGCCCAAUGAACAUAGGGCAUCCUGUGACUAUAACCAGUCCAUUAUCCAUGACCUCUCCUUUAACACUCACUACCCCCGUCAACCUGCCCACCCCCGUCACUGCCCCGGUGAAUAUAGCACACCCUGUCACGAUCACAUCUCCAAUGAACCUGCCCACACCUAUGACGUUAGCUGCCCCUCUCAAUAUAGCAAUGAGACCUGUAGAGAGCAUGCCUUUCUUACCCCAAGCUUUGCCUACAUCACCACCUUGGUAA